AUGUUACUACGUUCUCUGUUGUCUUUUACCUUUGCUGCGGUCAUAGUCCUCGCCGCUCCUGUCUCUAUACAACAUGCCAAGUAUAAACGCGACCUGGCUACGAUUCAAGCUGCCCUCAACACCAUCAACUCUGCGCUUCAGGGUCUCGACAAUUCUGUGAAAGCCACCAACACGGUCACCCUCGGAGGCGGUAUCCAGCUCUUGAACGCCGUCGGCAACGUGAAGAGUUCCAUCGAAGAUGCCACGACCCAGGUCCAAGGUUCCGAAAUCCUCAAUAAAAAGGAUGCGCUUAACCUCAAGGCCUCGACGGAUGCUCUCACCAACAACGUCAAGGUCACCAUCAAUGACGUCGUAGCUAAGAAGUCUCUGGUUGAUUCCUUGGGCGCAACACCGCUGGUGGCUGUUGCUCUCCAGGGUCAAAAGUCCGCUAGUGUCGCCCUCGCCCAGGCUCUCGUCAGCAAAGCUCCUCCCGAACUCACCGGUGACGCUCAAAAGAGCGCGACGGCUCUCAGCACCGUUUUGGAUCAAGGCAUCGGCGUCUUUGGCGGCACCUCCGUCGAUCCUCUCCCUGCCGCGCCCCCACCAGCAGAAGCUCCGGCGGCGGGAGGAGGUGGAGGAGGAGGAGGACUUUUGGGCGGAUUAAUGGGAUUGCUCGGUCUUGGGAAGCAUUAA